AUGUCCGACUACAGCGAUUAUUGUUGCAAAAGGCGAACGAUUCAACAACUCCCAGUCCCCGCUCGGAGGGGUCACAAUGCCAUACUCAACUCCAACUACCUAGACGAUAUCGUUGAUGCGAUUGGUACUUGGAGCUGCCAGCGCAUUCUCAUAGUGCACUCGAAGGCGCUUCAUGAGAACACGGAUAUCGUCGAGAUGCUGAAAGAAAAAUUGGGCUCGUUUGUUGUAGGGACAAAGUCGGGGGUGGGUGAUCACUCUCCAUACGAAGACGUACUGGAGAUCGCAAGACUAUUCCACGAAAAGAACGCGGACUGUCUGAUCAGUAUAGGAAGUAGCAGCUACUCGGAUGCAAGCAAGAUCGCUCGCUUGAUGCUUGCGAAUCUCGCUCCAGAUUACCUCACGGUAGAGGCCAUGGAAUCCUUGGUAGACCAAGAGAAGGGAAGUGCAGUUGAUCUGAAGGACCCAACGACAAAACUCAUCCUCGUACCGACGAGUCUAUCCGCAAGCGAGUGGAACAACAACUCAUCUGCAACGAACCCCAAAACAAAAAAGAAGCAGCAUUUCGCAAGUGAGCGUGCAGCACCAGACCUCAUCCUUCUGGAUCCUGAAGUAGCGUCCACAUCGCCUCGGAAGUUGUGGGUGUCGAGCGGGAUGCGCGCGAUAGAUAAUUGCGUCGAAACGUGCACCAGAGAAGUUUUCCACUAUAUGGAAGAUGCGCUUGCAGUCCUACUGAAAGGGCUGAGAAACUACAAAACCGGCGAAAGUGACAGCAUCCGAUCCGAGCUGCUCGAUGGAAUCGGAAAUUGUCAGAUAGGGUCCAGGAACGCGAUGAUGGGUCUCAUCCUGUGGAGCAUUCCGAUGGGACUUUCGCACGCCAUUGGACAUCAGCUGGCAAGCGUAUGCGACGUUGUGCACGGCGUCACGUCUUGUGUCAUGCUCGCCCCUGUUCUACGGUACAAUGCCUCGAAGUCGGAGAAGCAGAGAGAGGUACAGCAACGCGUGCUGGGAAUCUGGAACAAGGUCCUUGAAAGCGACGAGCCGAGCCUUGCGGAUGCGGUGGCCAGCUUUGUGAGAAGCCUUGGGUUGCCGAGUACGCUGAAUGAAGUGGGUGUUACAGAGCAAGAGGACAUUGAGAAAGUAGCGGAGCGCACCAUGACUGACGUGUUCGGAGCGAUGGAAGGUAUCGGCGGGAAGGAGGAUGUGCUGGCUAUCUUGGCUUCAGCAAAAGCCCAAGGCACCGAGGAUGGAGGGCUGGAAGGAGGCGCACCGAUGUAG